AUGCCAAAACGUAAGUUAAACGACGACGAUAACGACGUUUUAAGCCACGAAAGAAAUUUAUCACGAGCAGUUGGAUCAUCGACAAUUGAUCAAAAACCAAUUAACAAGCAUUCGUUAGAUUCAGAUGAAGAGGAUGAUGAUGCCGAUGAAAAUAAUUACAAUGUUAUGGAUGAAAAUGAGAUUGAAGGAGUUGAAGAUGGACCAAUGUCGAAGGAAACAAAAGUUGGUUUUACGGCAUUUAACAUGAAAGAAGAGUUAGAAGAAGGGCAUUUUGAUAAAGAUGGACAUUAUCUAUGGAAAAAAGAAAAACAAAUUCGUGAUAAUUGGCUUGAUAAUAUUGAUUGGGUUAAGGUUGAUACUACAGAAGACAGUAAAACUGAUGUCCCAGAAAAAACCGAGAAGGGUUUAGGCGAUAGCGAUAGUGAUGAUGACGAUGACAAUGUAACGAGUGGAUUAUUUGACCCAACUGAACUUUACAGACAAAUUUUGGAAUAUUUACAACCCAGAGAAACGGUCUCAAAAGCAUUGUGCAGGCUUGGGAAGAAACAAAUUUCAUCAGCUGAAAGAUGGAAACGUAAAAAAGCCGGCUUAAGUGAAACUGACGAGAAUUCUGAAAAAAUUAUUAAACUCACUGAGUUGUCCAAUGAACUAUUAACACGCACUGGAAAUAUGGACAUCUACCAAGAAACUUAUGAGGCAAUAAAGUAUAAAAUAAACCAGGCAGAGAAACAUUCGCAUCCUGCGAAACACGAAGCUGAAUCUGAUAUGUUCGCCGAUGACUUUGAUUCGAAGACAACGGAAACUAAUAUAUCUGGAACUUCAAAAUCUGACGAAAAUAAAGAGGCCGAAACACUGAAGGGAGAUGACGAAGUGAAAUGGGAGCUAAAGUGGUCACAAAAUGAUGAUGAUAAAGUAAAUGGUCCUUAUACGUCAGAACAGAUGCACACGUGGGCUAAUGAAGGCAAAUUUAAAAAAGGAGCUUGGGUCAGACGAGUUGGGCAAGCUGGUCAAUUUUAUAGUGCAGCAAGACUCGAUUUUGAACUCUAUUUAUAG